AUGCGCUCCUUUGCACUGCGUGGCUAUCGCUCCUCCCAGCAUACUUUCUUCCGGGGCUACGCCCCUCGGCACACCCCCGGUUUUCGCGGUAAAAUGGGCGGCCUGCUCAAAAUCGCUCUCCUAGGCACUUGUACCUACUUCGUCGCGAAGAAGAUCUCCCACGCAAACCAAUCUCCUCCUCAUGCUAGCUCCAAUUAUGGCUCCCAGUCGGUUCAGCCGGUUCCACAGUGA